ACCAAACUUACGUUGAAAAUGUCAAUUUUUUUCUAACCUUGAUUUUUAUUUCUCAGAUAAUCCCUUAUUAUAAAUUAGAAAAAAGAAUUAUAAAAAUGGUACACAUAAAAUGCAGGACCGUGUUAUAUCCUUUCAGUGAAAUUCGACGUUUGGCCCUUUCAGACGAUCAAGUCCCGUGGACCACACCCAUGGACAACUACAGCCCCCCGGACUAUGACUCACCUGUGCUGCACAACAAGCCGUGGGCUGACCCUCCCACUGAUUCUUCAAGUUUCCAUCCAAAAUGGAAUGGCUUAGAUGGUACAGUCAACCGCCAAAGCCACACAGGUCCCUACAAAGUAGUAGAUGGACGCCCUUUAAAUCCUGAGGGACGCACUGGCUUAAAGGGACGCGGUGUCUUGGGCAAGUGGGGCCCCAAUCACGCUGCAGACCCCGUAGUAACCCGAUGGAAACUCUCCAACGGGAUUAAAGACACACACCCAAUAUCAAAAUUGCCUAUUUUGCAAUUUUGUGCCAUUCAGAGGCGCGAUUGUGGCCAGUGGGCGAUUCCAGGCGGGAUGGUAGAUCCAGGUGAGAAAGUCAGUGAAACUUUGAAAAGGGAGUUCCUAGAAGAAGCUUUCAAUAGUUUGGAGAUGGGGCGAGAGAAAAAGGUUACUGAAGAUAUGGUGGGGAAGUUUUUUGAGAAAGGUGAAGAGAUUUUUCGUGGAUAUGUAGAUGACCCUAGGAAUACUGAUAAUGCUUGGAUGGAGACAGUGGCUGUGAAUUUUCACGAUGAUAAGAAUGAAACUGUGGGUAAAUUUAAGCUGCAGGCGGGAGAUGACGCCCAGAGUGUGAAGUGGGUGGAUGUUGACAAAGGGCUCGAUUUAUAUGCUAGUCAUUCCAGUUUUAUUGAAACUGUGGCUAAGCUGAGGCAAGCGCACUGGUAGACAGUGAUAAAAACAAUUUAUUUUAAAUAAAUAAAUUUUUACACAUACAUCUUGUAAUUAUGUUAAGACAUAUAUUUGAAUAAGUUGGAAUAAUCACAUAGUUUUAACAUUUUGUCACAUUCUUUGUUUUCCACUAUAAUGUGAAUUAAAAUUUGUAAUAAAUAUUUUUCAUAUU